CUUGCUCAAUGUAACUAUCGCAAUCACCGACGCAGAUGGCCUAGGAUGCGACCACACUCAACCAUGGGCCAAGUCCCUUUGCCUCUGGAUGACAUUUCCGCGGGCGACUCAGACAUUGAACGGUCUAACAUAACCGAGGUUAUGAACAUUGACCAUGUCAAGGAGAAAUCAAAUCCAGCCGCGCUUGGAGAAAGAACCGCAAUCACAGCAGAUGUGAUUGAUAUCCCUCUCAACAUCGAUGCGCUAGAUCCAGCAUUCCAGCUCUCAGAAUGUUUGCGAUCAAACGGCAUCGAGGGCCUCCUCGAGGAGGACUGCCCAUCAUCCCUCGAUACUAGAUACCAAUCACCAUUCGCAUGGCCAUUACGGAAGAAGAUAACGGUACUCUUUGGAACCUUCUUCGCCUCGACUCUAGCCGCCUACUCUGCCGGCGCAUAUGCCAUGGCCGCUGCCCCCUUGAUUGAGAAAUGGCGUCUCACGAACACUGAAUUCAACCUAGGCAUCACCCUCUUCGUCUUGGGUUUCGGCUUCGCGCCCAUGAUAUUAGCUUUGAUCAGCGAGAUCUACGGCCGCUACUGGGUCUUCGUCGUUCAGUCGUUCCCCGGCAUGUUGGUCUCUCGUCUGAUUACAGGCAAUGGGGCGUCAGUCUUCGCGACGCUGACCGGAGGUGUGGUGGGAGACGUAUUCCACAAGGAGAAUCGCAACACGCCUAUGGCCCUUUACUCGCUUACAAUCAUGAUUGGGACCGGGUUAGGCCCCAUGAUUAGCGGUAUAAUCGUCGACAACCUCCAUUGGAGAUGGAUCUUCUACGUGCAAAUGAUCACUGUCGGUUCCACGACGUUAGCCAUCUUCUUCUUCUUCGCCGAGACGCGGAGUAAUGUUGUACUUGAGCGGAAGUGCGUGGCUCUCAACAACCAUUUCGACGGCAUUCGCCUGCUGCGAGUCUCGUCGCCGAUUGGGGACAAGAACGGACUCCGUCAAGGCACCGAGGAGCUGGGCGAGGGCCAGUCGCAACCUGUUCGCGUUAGGUUCCGCGCCCAUUUUGAGGGCCCUGAGCUUGACAUGAGUAUCAUAUGGCGGAGCUUCUCCUUCCCCCUGAAACUCCUCUGCACCGAAUCCGUUGUCUUUUGGUUCUCUGCCUGGGUCUCGUUUGCGUGGGCGAUCCUAUACAUGCAGUUCAACAGUAUCGGUCUGGCAUUCCGCUCCGUGCAUGGCUUCAACAGCAGUCAGGUAGGAGGUAUUUACACUUCAGUCAUUGUUGGAUCAGUAAUAGGGGCGGCGAUUACAAUCUUCCAGGAGCCAAUCUUCAAGAAGUUCAUGCCUCGGCGGAUGGCAACGCCGGAAGGGAGACUAUACUCUGCCUGUGCUGAGUCACUCUUCCUACCGAUUGGGCUUUUUUGGUUUGGCUGGAGCUCGUCUCCCAACGUCCCUUGGAUCGUGCCGGCACUCGCAAUCACCUCCGUGACGGUUGGCAUCUUCACCAUCUAUCUGGCCGUCUUCAACUAUCUGGCGGACACCUACCACCGAUAUGCCUCCUCCGCUCUAGCAGCACAGUCUAUGUGCCGGAACCUGCUUGCCGGAGUGUUCCCUUUGUUCACAAACAUCAUGUUCCAGAGGCUUGGGUAUGGUGUUGCGGGAAGUCUACUAGGUGGUAUUGGUUUGCUUCUUUCGCUUGUCCCUUGGUUGCUGUGUAUCUAUGGGGAGAAGAUUAGGGGUCGCAGUCCUUUUGCCGGGCAACUCAAAGCAGGUUGAAGUAUAAGUUGAUGUUAGGCUAUGUAGUUGACAGAGACUCUCAUGCGUAGGAGAAGCAAUCAUGAUACCCCUUCUCAAAUUUGGAAACGGUUUCCAGUAUACUUAAUUCAUGAGGUCGUCGCUCCAUAUGACAGUUUAGAUUCUGAUGGCCAAGAUAUGCCCGACUCCCAAACCCCGAUUCAUGAAUAUCCAUGUAGACGAAUCCCAUGGAUCAGGGACUUUGAUAAGAGAUCUCUGUGUAUGUCUUUUAUCGGCUGAUCGAAUAGCAUAUGUUGCAUCUAGAAAGGUUGAUGUUACAUUGGUGUC